AUGCUUUUCAAAUCCGUAUUACUUAGCACACUAAUAGCCGUUCAAGCUUUGGCAGAGAACCUGGCUCAUCAAGAAAUCGUUACUGUUACUAAAACUACACAUAUAAGCAACCCUUGCUUAGAAAACUAUGCUAAAAAGUUAUUACCAAACAACCCAACUGGAUUAACUACUGGUAUACCUAUAGUGAUAGUCUACGCACCACAACAACCAGACAACCAAGUAAAGCAAUCAGAACUGCUACAACCAACACAACUGUCAAAAGCACAACAACAACAACAAAUACAAGGGUCAUCUGUACCAGCUUCCAUACAUGAUACCCCAACUCCAACUGAUCAUACUAAAAUUACUGUCACGAGCACUACCAUAUGCAACCAAAAGGUGUGCACUGUAAAAACUUUUUCCACCAUAAUUUCUCACAGUGAGUCUCCUACUACUACUACUACAACCAAACAAAAUGAAGAAAAGUCUAUUGCUGAUACAAAGUCUUUCACUCACAAAGCCCUCCCCAGCUCCAAUGGUGCUGUGACUUUAAAGACAACUAGUGUGAAAACUGCACUAACUACCACCUCAACAGUAUUUAGUGCUACAUCUUUACCGUCAACGACUUAUACACCCUCCACUUCCGUUUCCUUAGUCUCCACAACAAAGAAAAAUCCAGUGAGCUCACAGUCAGUUGUUAGCACAACUAAAACUAUUUCCAUUAACACAUCAUUAAUCACAGAUGCAGUUACAAUUACAAAGGAAGCAACAACUUUGCCAAAUUCUAAACACUCUUCCAUUUUUACCAAUGGGUCUAUUUCCUUUAUAUCGACUAGUGCUAAUAAGGUUAAAAGCACUGUCACAUCCGAUAUAUCAAAUAAUUCACAGAAUGGAUCUAGCUUGAGUCUUACUUCAACUAUAAAUCAAUUAGCUUCCAUUACGAACUCAACUCUUACAACAAUUACCAAGCCUACUUCGUUGGUGCCAGAUUUCAGCUACACAAACUCAUCGCGGGUGUCAAGUACUAUGAGAAAUUCUUCAGAAGAAUCCUCUAUGGUGCUUGAAAAAUCGAGUUCCAAAUUGUUAUCUAGCACUUCAUUUUUAAAUUCCUCAUCAAUCGCAUCUACUACAGAGUCUUCUGAAUUAGCAUCUGCAACAACAUCUGAUAGCUCACUUAACCACAGUUCUUCCAGUUCUGUUGAACUUAGCUCCAGUUUAAGCUCGGAAGCCGACUCCAGUUCAAGUUCAGAAAGUGUUGAAACAGGGUCUAGUGACGAAACUGCUAGCAAUUACUCAGGUGACUUGUUCAAAGCAAUAGAUACCAACGCUCCACCAACAGUUUUCGCAAGAAGUGAAAUUCCUUUAACAAUUCCUGCUGGUGUCGACAACAACGGUAAACCAAUUGGAACCAACAAAUUCUAUACCAAUUUAUUACUUGGCAAUCAAGAUUUCAUGGUGUAUCCAUUGCCAUACGGACUUUAUUGGAGUAAAACAAGUUAUUAUGGAUUUGCUGUUCAACAUAAUAAUGUAUCCGACAGAGUUUUUGGAUCAAUAAACACUAAUAAUAAGGGAGUUGCUUCUUAUUACUUUAACCCAACUAACAAUGCUGAAUUGAUAUUUUCUGCUACAUCGUUUUCUAAAGAUUCAAUGCAUAUGAAAGUGUCUCAAAUGGCUGAAUUGUCUGCCUUGGUUACAUUAUCAAGUUCUUCCAAUGAUGAGUCUAAUUAUUUGGAUAUUCCUUUAGUUCAAGGUAUGGGUUUUGUUACCGGUAUUUAUAACGGGAAUUUGACUCCCUUGUUGAAUUCGUUGUUCGGAGUUAAAGAUUUAUCUCUUGAGACUUCUGAUGCUUUAUUAUCCAAUGUUUUGAAAUAUCGUGCUACAUUAUUGAACAAUGUUCAAUGGUUGAUUUACGUUACAUUACCAGAUAAAGAUACUGACUUUAAAUUAGAGGUCGAAGAUUUCUACAACUUAAAGGGAUCCAAACCAGUUGAUGGAUUAAUUAUUCAAGUCGCAAUUGCUCCUGAAGAUAAUGAUAAUGAUAAGUACUAUGAUGCCGCUGCUGGUAUGUACGUUACCGGUGCCACUGUUCUGGGAAGUGUAUCCCAGGGCACAGCUGCUAGUUAUAAGUUCAGCUACACCACUGCCGGUAAAUCUUCAUCCAAUAACCCAAUUGUCUUUGCUUUACCACAUCAUAUGGAUUCAUUAACCGGUUCUGCUCUUGAUGCAUUGACUGGUAUUACAGUUACAUCUACUACUAAAGGUGAAAUGACCGGGUUUUUAACAAAUGAAUUGGAAUUUAGUGAAACAAUUAAUCAAGACGUGGAAUUCUUGCCAUGGACAGAAAAUAUGACAGGUAGUUUGACCUACACUAAGGAUCAAUUAGAAUUAUUAGCUAGUGCUGCUAACAAAGAAUUGGCAGCAAAUAUUGCUGCAACAGUGAAGAAUAUGAACUCUAAUUAUUUUUCAGGAAAAGUUCUUGACAAGUAUGCUCAAAUAUUAUUGGUGGUUAGUGAAAUCAUACAGGAUGAAGAAGUUACCAAAGAUGCCUUAAACGCAAUGAAGGAUGCCUUUAAAGUUUUCACGCAGAACAAACAAUACUAUCCAUUGAUGUAUGAUACUAAAUUUGGUGGAGUAACGUCAACAUCUGCUCAAGACGGCGAUCCAAACGCUGAUUUUGGCUCUGCAUAUUAUAACGACCACGAUUUCCAUUAUGGUUACUUUAUUCACGCUGCAGCCAUAGUUGGUUACGUCGAUAAGAAAUUAGGUGGUACUUGGGCUCAAAGUAAUAAAGACUGGGUGAACUCUUUAGUGAGAGAUGCUUCGAAUCCUUCUGCCGAUGAUACUUAUUUCCCUGUUUCAAGAAUGUUUGACUGGUUCUCUGGCCAUUCAUGGGCAACUGGUUUGUUCGUCACUUACAAGAACAUUGAAUCAAGUUCCGAAUCAUUACAUUUUGCUGCUGCUAUAAAAUUAUGGGGUAAAGUAGUCGGUGAUCAAUCGAUGGAAGCAAGAGGUGGUUUGAUGAUUUCCAUUAUGGCACGUUCUUUUAACAUGUAUUUCUACUAUAAAUCAGAUAAUACUGUGGAACCAAAACAAAUUUUACCAAACAAAGUCAGUGGUAUAUUUUUCGAGAAUAAAGUUGAUUACACUACAUUCUUUGGAACACCAGCUGAUCAUCCAGAAUAUGUCCAUGGUAUCCAUAUGCUUCCAAUUACACCUUCCUCAUCGUUGGUUAGAAAGACUUCUUACGUUCAAGAAGAAUGGAAAGAUCAAAUUGCUGGUUUUAUUGAUAAUGUUGAUAGUGGCUGGACUGGUAUUUUGAGAUUAAACCAAGCUUUAUUUGAUCCUAAAUCAUCAUAUGAAUUUUUUGCAUCAAAUAACUGGGAUGACAAGUGGUUAGAUAAUGGUCAAAGUAGAACUUGGAGUUUGGCUUUUGCUGCUGGUGCUCUCAAUGCUAGUUAG